AUGUUCUCUGCCAUGCUGAUGGACGCCUACCGCGACGAACGCCCCGGGAUCCGCACCGCCUACAGAACGGACGGUCGUCUGCUGAAUCAACGGCGCAUGAACAUCCAAUCGCGCGUACCCACAACCACCGUGCAUGAACUCCUCUUCGCCGACGACUGCGCCCUGAACACCACCUCGGAAGAGGAGAUGCAACGGAGCAUGGACCCGUUCUCCGCCGCCUGCGAGAACUUCGGUCUGGUCAUUAACACGCAGAAGACGGUGGUGAUACACAAACCGCCACCCAACUCAGCCACAGUCCCCAACGCGUCCCCGCAAAUCAGCGUGAAUGGGAACCUACUGCAAGUGGUGGAGAACUUCCCGUACCUGGGCAGUACUUUCUCCCGCACCACCAAGAUUGAUGACGAUGUCGCCAACAGGAUCUCGAAAGCCAGUCAAGCCUUCGGUCGUCUCCAAAGCACAGUUUGGAAUCGUCACGGUCUUCAACUAAACACGAAGCUGAAGAUGUACAAGGCCGUUAUCCUGCCGACGCUACUGUACGGAGCAGAGACCUGGACGGUGUACACGAGGCAGGCACGCUGUCUGAACCACUUCCACCUCAGUUGUCUUCGUCGCAUCCUGCGGCUGAACUGGCAGGAUCGCAUCCCCGACACUGAUGUGCUCGAACGAACGGGAAUGCUCAGCAUCUACUCCAUGUUGAGACAAAUGCAGCUGCGCUGGAGCGGCCACCUGGUGCGCAUGGACGACGAGCGGCUACCCAAACGACUCUUCUACGGAGACGUCGCGACGGGUUCUCGUCGUCAAGGAGGCCCAAUUCGUCGAUACAAGGAUACCCUGAAGUCCUCCCUGAAGCUGCUGCAAAUCAACCCGACCAACUGGGAAGAGCUCGCCUGCGAUCGUCCGGCAUGGAGGAGAACAGUGAAGACGGGCGCUGCUAUCCACGAAGCCAACCGCAUUGCCGCCGCCAAAGCGAAACGCGAAGCCCGCAAAUCCCAAUUGCGCCCAGUCAGCAACGCUGCCGCACAACUGCUUCCAACGUGUCCUCGAUGUAAGCGGACAUUCCGGAAUCGAAUCGGCCUUGUUGGACAUCUUCGGAUCAACUGUACCUCUCGAACUGCACCAACCUUCAUCCCCCCGCCCGCGUCAUCCUCGUCCUCUCUGCCCCCGAAUAACUUUGUGAAUUCUUCUGCACCACCACUUCCAUCCUCCUCCUCUGCCUUCUCCUUCUCCUUCUCCUCCUCCUCCUCCUCCUCCUCCACCACCACCAUCACCACUGCCCCAACGGCGGCCGCUCAGGCAGCCGUCUCGCACAUCUCCGACCGCGACACAACAACCGGCACCACCCCCGCCUCUCCUGACUCCAGCAAUGAGAAUCAGGACUAUACCUGCCCUCACUGCGAUCGCACCUUCACCUCACGUAUCGUCCUGGUCGGUCACUUGCGAAUCCAUCGCAUAGAGAUCGGCGAACCAGUGCCUGAAGCACCAACCUACACCCACCGCACUCGCCUCCACUGCCCUCGCACCUUCACGCAUCGCAUGGGUCUAUUCGGCCACAUGCGCAUCCACGAGAGCGGAAUCGACCACAAUUCCGACACACCAACUACGCCCAUCAUGCCCAGCACCACCCUCGCACCGUCCAUCUGCGCCACCACCAACGCCUCCUCUGUAGCUGAUUCUGACACCGCCGACUUCACGUGCCCACACUGUCCACGCAAAUUCACCUCACGCAUCGGCCUGGUCGGUCACUUGCGAAUCCAUCACACAGAGACUGGAGAACCAGUGCCUGGAGCACCAACCUACACCCACCAAGCUCGUCUCAACUGCCCACACUGUCCUCGCACUUUCAGGCACCGCAUGGGCCUAUUCGGCCACAUGCGCAUCCACGACGACCUGCGGUAG